CUGACAUAUAUUUGAAUACAAGGACUGCAAACCAAUACUGCGCUCUUCAGGGUUGCUCUUUGAGCUUGUAGACUCUAGUCUGAACCUCGUGGUCCAGCCUAUCUAGAGUAAAAGUCUAGUAAACAGACCUUCUAACCGCAUUUUACUCCCUUACAAAGUGCUCUUCUCGUUUCAGUGAUCAGUAUGGCUGCGGAUGGGGGAAAUGCUGGGGGAGAGGGCGAGUCCUUCGUUGAGCUGCUGCUGGAAGAAGUCCGGACCGAGGGUCUGGACUGCCCCUCCGUCCAAAUGCUGGUGGAGAUGGCGAAAUCUGGCGACAACGACACCGUCGCUGAUGCUCUCAGCUUCCUAAUAGAGGCCGGCGCGCCAGACAAGGCUGCCAGCUGCCUUCGCCAUAUUAUGGCAAGCACGCACAAACCCGACCCUAGCAACGCUCGCAGUGCUGGUGCCAGCGGCGAAGGCGGUGGCCCGAUCGCGGCAGCUGCCUCUGCUGCUACAUCCGGAUCCCCAUCGGGAAAGCCAGAUGCCCUGGACUACGCAAUAGCCGGCAAGGUCCUAAACAGGCUAGUGGAGCUCGGCAGCCUGUCAGAGGCGCAGGACCUGCUCAAGUUCAUGCUGGUUCCGAGGGACACGGAUCGCGGCCGGGGCAAGAUGCUGGACUGCUACGAUGUGGCCCUCAUCCUGGGCGCCAUGGUGCCCGAGGGCGCCGCCGAGUCCGCCGGCCGGGUGCUGUUCGCGCUGUACUCCAGCGAGGCUGGCGACGACAGCGCCGCCUCGCAGACGCUGGUGCCCUUCAUCCUGGGCACCCUGCUGGACCACGAGCGGGCUGGCUGGGCGGCGGAACUGGGCAAGCAGCUGAUGUACACGACGCUGGAGGAGAUCGAGGCGGGUGCGGGUGACUACGACUACUCGGUGCUGGGCUGGUGCCUGGCGCAGAUGGUCUGGUACGGUCGGGCUGACUGGGCUGCCCGGCUGUGCCUGGAGCUGGAGCGGCAGCAGCUGGAGUGGUACAACACGCAGGAGAUGCUGGGCAGCGUUGCAGGCUGGGGCGACAACUCCUACUCCAUGACCAUCGUCAACUUCAUGCAGGACGCGCGGUCCAAGGAGGCGCGCAGGAAUUUGUAGGAAGAGGAAGAGGGAUGGAUGGCGGGGUGCGCAUGGGCUGUGGGCUGGUGUGUGAGGGAGGUGGGUGGUUGGGACACUCGCCCGGUGGGGUUUUGCGAUUGAUUGCUGGGUAUGCGCAGACGGCCACAGUUCUCGCACUGCUGCUCCAUGGACCCAUGGGUCGUUCCAUGGAACAACGGAAGCGGUAGCAGCUCUCGUUUACAACAAAUGCAACGGUUUUGGCAUCGUUGGGACAUGUGGUGGAAUCGCAAGGUGGUUGUGUAGGGUCCAUUGCCUGUGCUGCUGCCUGUGCUACUAAAGAAGUGUUAUGCGAGCUGCAUGUGUAACGGCUUCAGGACGUGUUGCUUCUCUUCAUGUACAUGGUUAGUGUUCGCUGGUUUUGUUUCAGCUGAGCCGCUGGUGUUGUGCAGCUGGCUGCUUUAGGUGUAAAGAGAAGGAAGCCGCCACUUCGCCUAGUGGGUCUGCUGAAGAGAUGCCGUAGCUGUCUGUACGUAUACCUGUACCUGAAGGUUCGCAUUUCGUUGCUGUACAAUAGCUGCCUUGCCAUACCGGACUGAGAGACGACGUGUGUUGCUGACAUCUCGUCGACCGGUUGCUGCAUAAUCUUUUGUUUGGCAUGACACCUGCGCUGCGUGGGGACGGUUUCCAGAUUCCAGUACAUUCAAACGUCGUUGUGGGUGUCGUCGUGUGUGUGGAUGGCUUAGGUAAAACAACGAUACAUGGGCCAUGCUAACCAGUGCUAACAUGAACCUGACGCCGCGUGCGAGCUGCAUCUAACUGUGUUUUCUUAACACACCUGUUGGGACCUCACCCCCGGACAUGAUCGCGGGAGGGUGACGUUUUGUUG